AUGGAAAACAUCAAGCACAAACGUGUAGAAGUAAGAGGACUAAAGCUUCACGUAGCUGAAGUUGGUAGCGGUUCAAAGGUGGUGGUGUUCUUACACGGCUUCCCAGAAAUAUGGUACACAUGGAGGCACCAAAUGAUUGCCUUGGCCAACAAUGGCUACCGAGCCAUAGCCUUCGAUUUCAGGGGCUAUGGACUCUCCGACCAGCCUGCAGAGCCUGAGAAAGCAACGCUUAAAGACCUUAUCGACGACGUCGUCGGCCUCUUGGAUUCCUUGGGCGUCAAUAAGGCUUUUCUUAUUGGGAAGGACUUUGGAGCUCGACCCGCAUUCCUAGUAUCAGCACUGCACCCUGAAAGGGUGUCCGGCCUCGUAACUCUGAGUGUUCCUUACACUCCACAACCUCCCUCAUCGACCCAAAAACUCCUUCCUAAAGGCUUGUACAUCUCUAAGUGGCAGGAACCAAGGAGAGCAGAAGCAGAUUUUGCCCGCUUUGAUGUAAAGACAGUUAUAAAAAACAUUUAUACUCUCUUCUCAAGAAGUGAGCUUCCGAUAGCCGGGGAGGAUCAGGAAAUCAUGGACUUGUAUGACCCGUCUACUCCUUUACCGCCAUGGUUCUCCGAGCAAGAUCUAUCAGUCUAUGCUUCCUUGUACGAGAACUCCGGAUUUCGCUUUGCAUUGCAGGUUCCAUACAGGAGUUUAUCAGUGGAUAUUGGUAUUGUUGAUCCGAAAGUAACAGCUCCGGCAUUGCUAAUCAUGGGCGCCAAGGACUACUCGCUAAAGUUUCCCGGCAUAGAAGACUACAUAAGGAGUGGGGCAAUGAAGAAAUUUUUGCCUGCUUUGAACAUUACAUUCUUGGAAGAAGGAAGCCAUUUUGUGCACGAACAAUUUCCAGACCAAGUUAAUGAGCUUAUCAUCAGUUUUUUGAAUAAACAUAGUAACGGCUUAUGUUGAUAUGUGCAAUUGUGUCUUCGCAACGGGAAAAGUUCAAUUGGAAGAAUAACAUGUCAUAUGGUAUUGGCCAUAUGCUAUCAAGGAGUUAUUGGCUAAGAAAUUUUGGAGAUCAUUAAUACAGUAAAAUGUUAUAUGUAUGUAUAUAUGUCCUGAUAAUUUUUUAAAGAUUAUUUUUGGCUUUAAAGCGUAUGUGAUAUCUGCGUAUUCGUUUUACAGCUUUCUCGAUAGGAUAGAGAAAUGGAAGGUGGUGAGGGAAUUACUAGAAGAAAUUUGGGAUCCAUUUGUUUUG